UUACCAUUGGCUCUCCUUCUCCCCUUCUUCUUUUCUCUCCCGCCGUGUUCGUCGCUCUUCGUGGUGCCUGCGCCAGUCGCGAGCACGGACAAAAGGCACCAUCUCUUCUCGCGAGGCCUCGACCAACGUACUGGGAGAGAGGGCACCAAAUUGCCCGUAUAUAGUCGCACAGUCGCCGGUGUGUCCCGCAACCGUGACACCCCAAACCCUUUGCGACCACCCACCGCUCUCAGGCAAGCAUGGAGCUGACAGCGAGAGCAGGAUUGAUCCGCGUCCUUCUCGCACUGUCCUGCGCUACGCUCGCCUUGGCCGGCGGCUACUUCCCAGGCAAGAGGGGCCGGGGUGGUGGCCAACACCAGCAACAACAACAAAUGAAAAUGCCCCCCAUAACAAGAACAUGGCACAUGACAUCGGUGUCCGACUGCAGCCUGGAGCGAUGCCAGCAGAUCUGCGAGGAGCACUACGGCGCCACCAAGCUCGACGUCACGGGGCGUUGUGACGGUGACGGCUGCAACUGCGAGUACCGAGAACCUUGCAGACAGAUGCCAUGCUACCAAAGCUGUCUGAGGACCAAGCGCGGAAAGCUGAACCUGAAGGCGAACUGCAUCAGACACGAGUGCUUCUGCAAGUGGGACAACCACUGCGUAGCUUCCACCUGUGAGGCCUUGUGCCUUAGGGACCACAAGGGAAAGGAAGGAGUGAGGGGACUUUGCGUCGGCGAGGACUGCAGCUGCAGGUGGAACUGAAUAUCAAGAUAAAAAAAAGCCAUCUCGCUUGCCUUCGUGUCACAUUCAAGAAAGAAGCAAGCGAAGAAUUUCCGUUACAAGUCAAGUCUCUCUUACGCUCUGUAUUGUCUGUAUGCUCAAUAAAACUUAUUUGUGAUUCUGCCAAUCUCUCAA